GGACCCGCCGCCAUGGACGAGGCCUACGACGUGAUCGUGCUGGGUACCGGGCUGAGCGAAUGCAUCCUGUCGGGGAUCAUGUCGGUGAACGGGAAGAAGGUUUUGCACAUGGACCGGAACCCCUACUAUGGGGGAGAGAGCUCCUCCAUCACCCCCCUGGAGGAGCUGUAUAAACGCUUUGGGCUCCCCGAGGGGCCCCCUGAGUCCAUGGGGCGCGGCCGGGACUGGAACGUCGACCUGAUCCCCAAAUUCCUCAUGGCCAACGGCCAACUGGUGAAGAUGCUGCUGUACACGGAGGUGACCCGGUACCUGGACUUCAAGGUGGUGGAGGGGAGCUUCGUCUACAGGGGGGGGCAGGUACACAAGGUGCCCUCCACCGAGACCGAGGCGCUGGCGUCCAAUCUCAUGGGCAUGUUCGAGAAGCGCAGGUUCCGGAAGUUCCUCGUCUUCGUGGCCAAUUUUGACGAGAACGAGCCCCAGACGCUGGAGGGGGUCGACCCCCACGGGACCCCCAUGCGGGACGUGUACGAGCGCUUCGACCUGGGGCAGGACGUGAUCGACUUCACGGGCCACGCGCUGGCGCUGUACCGCACCGACGAUUACCUGGACCAGCCCUGCCUAGAGACCAUUAACCGGAUCAAGCUGUACAGCGAGUCGUUGGCCCGCUAUGGGAAGAGCCCCUACCUCUACCCGCUCUACGGGCUGGGGGAGCUGCCCCAAGGGUUCGCCAGGCUCAGCGCGAUCUACGGGGGCACCUACAUGCUCAACAAGCCCGUGGACGAGAUCGUGAUGGAGAAUGGCCGGGUCGUGGGGGUCCGAUCGGAGGGGGAGGUGGCGCGGUGCAAACAGCUGAUCUGCGACCCCAGCUACGUGCCAGAGCGAGUCCGCGGGGCCGGGCGCGUCGUCCGGGUCAUCUGCAUCCUGAGCCACCCCAUCCACGGCACCAGCGAGGCCGGUUCCUGCCAGAUCAUCCUGCCCCAGAACCAGCUGGGCCGCAAGUCGGAUAUUUACGUCUGUCUGGUUUCCUGGGCCCACAACGUGGCCGCGCCCGGGAAGUUCAUCGCCAUUGUCAGCACCACGGUGGAGACGUCGGAGCCAGAGCGGGAGGUGGAGCCGGCGCUGCAGCUGCUGGAGCCCAUCGACCAGAAGUUUGUGGCCAUCAGUGACUUGUACGAGCCCAUGGACGAUGGCUCGGAGAGCCAGAUUUUCUGCUCCCGGUCAUAUGACGCCACCACCCACUUCGAGACGACCUGUGACGACAUCAAGGACAUUUACCGGCGCAUGGUCGGCGCCGCCUUUGACUUUGAGAGCAUGAAACGGCGCCAGAGCCACGUCUUUGGGGAGGACGAGCAGUGA